AUGUCUGGACAAGAGGACGCGGACGAGACUGUGUCUCGGAAAGGACUUUUCGUCUUCGAGGAAAUAUACGCAUUUUCGACGUCGGCCGACGUUCGUAUCGACGCUUCUGCUUCGUUCCGGUCAGCUGGUUUGCAUAUGAUCGCCCUGGCAUGCAGCAAUAAUGAGUUGGUAAUUUUGCAGUGCUACCGAAACUCGACAUGGCAGAGAACUCCUUAUAAAUGGUGUCACGAUCCCAUGCGAACCAUUACCUGCCUUGUCUUCAGUCCUUGUGGUCAGUACUUGAUUUGCCUGCUGAUCAGCGGAUGUUUGGAAGUGAUUCCUAUCCAUCUGAUUACGGCUGCUAAAUACUGCAAAUCGGCUCAAGAAAUUGAUGAGGAGCUCUUUGACCAGAACGACUUGACGUAUAUUCCAAUUCAAGUUCGAGACGACUGUUUGUCGCAGCCAACGUGUGCUUUGUGGUAUCAGACGAGGUCUAACAAGCCGGUGCUUGUUUAUGGGAACAAGGGCGGAGAUAUUGUUUUCUUCGACCUCUGUCUCAGACGAUUGACCGUGUCGCUACAGGCCCCUCAGUCGAUCCACAACAUUGAACUUUUCACCUCAGACUGUAUUGACGUUUAUCUUCUGGUUACUGGGUUUGCUGGAAGUCAGUGGCUUAUUCCUCUUGAAAAAGACGGUUCAACUCUACGAGAGACCCUUGGUUCGGUGAUUCCUUCCAUGUUGAAAGAGCUUAGCGUGAAAUCUCGGGUAUUUUCCGUGCCUUUUGGCGAAUGCUCGUCGUUCGCCAUUUCGUCAGGCUGCAGUCUUCAAUCAAGUGCGAUGAGGGAGAAGUUCACCUUUUACUGCGGAAAUAUGGACAUGGAAUCCGGUUUCGUGGGUUUCGCUUCAACGGCAAACGAUGAUGACGACAACGAAUCGCCGCUCGUUAGUCUUCCUUCUUGCAUUGUCAUAACGAGCAGUUCAGUUUUCAAGGUGCACUGCAGAUGGUAA